AUGGCGCUCUCGACAGCUCUGUACGACGCACUCAUUGUUGGAUCCGGUCCCGCGGGUCUCUCUGUGGCUUUAGGACUCAGUCGCACGCAUCGCAGAGCCGCCAUUUUCACCAAGCCCGACGGUGCAGGCUUCAGGAAUGAAGGCGCUGCUGAGAUGCACAACGUUAUUUCACGAGAUGGCAUUCCUCCCGUGGAAUUUCGCAGCAUCGCAAAAGAACAGAUCAUGAGAUAUGGUACAGUGGAUUUCAUAACCGCAGACAUUGUGGACAUGCACAAGGUAAGCACGGAGGGCGAGGGUUCCAUGGAGACGUUCCAGGUCACCGCGAGCGAUGGACGACAUUGGACAGGCCGAAAACUGGCACUGGCGAUGGGUUCCGUCGAGCUGUUCCCGGAAAUUGAAGGCUACAAGGAGAACUGGCCUGAGAAUAUAUUCCAAUGUUUCUUCUGCGACGGCCACGAGAGAUCCCAUCUCCCCGGUGGGAUACUGACGUUUCCAAAUCCGAUGUAUGCCCAUAUGGCGCAGAUGAUGCAUCUUCUUGUCACUAAGACAUCAGGCCCCGUGACCGUCUUCACUGACGGCCCUGUACCGGACAAUGAAGCUAUGAAUGCAGCAAUGGAAAAGAUCGAAGCUCUUGGCUGCAAGGUAGAGACUGGGAAGAUCGUUAGGCUUGUCCCCGCGACGGAGCCCGACGUGGGUGUCACGGUCAUUGUGGAGGGCGGAAAGGAAUACAAGAUGGGAUAUCUGGGGCACAAACCUCCCACGGUCGUGGCCGGGGCUGAUAUGCUGAGAAAGCUGGGGAUCGAGAUUGAAGAUCACCCGAUUAUGGGACAGAAUAUCAAAGCGGCCGACCCUCUGUGCUCAGCCAAUAUCAAGGGCGUCUUCGUUGCCGGUGACGCUGGCACACCGAUGAAGGCAGUGUCCAAUGCUAUCGGCAGUGGAGCCACUGUCGCGGCCGGCAUUGUGCAGCAGUUGAUUGCGGAGGACAUGGAGUACUAUUUGACACGUCGGUAUCCAAUCCGCCAUCAAGAGACAGGAAGACCACUUCCUGGGCGGCCAUAUAGAUGGCCCAACGGACAAGGGGACGCCGGCAAGUUCCUUGAAGGCAUCGAGAACCGCCGAGCAUGGGCGAAGGAGCAUGGAUACGUUUAUCGCAUCUGGGCAGGAAUGAAACCAGAGGUGGUGUUACAGAAGCCUGAACAUGUGAAACUUGUUUUUCGAGACUCGGACCGGCACACCAAGGCAAGCAACAACGACUCAGGCUAUCUCAUGGGGGAGCUCUUGGGCCAGUGCCUGGGUCUGAUCAGUGGUGCGAAUUGGCGAGCACUGCGCCGCGUUAGCGAGCCCGCAUUUCGACACAGCACGGCCGUCGAAUCCUUUGCCAGAAUCGAGCAAAGAGUAAAGACCUACUGCGCCGGCAAUCAAGGACUACUAAUCGGUACCAUUGACCCUGUGGCGGAUUUCAAGUUUCUUCCGUUUCUGAUUAUUGCCGAUAUCCUCUACGGUCCUGUCACACUGGACAUGGAGGCGGAACUGUGCCAGAUAGCCUCCGAGCGCGAGAGGCUCUUCACUUAUGUCAUGAAGGGUGGACUAUCCCGGUAUACCUGGUCGCGAUAUCUACCGAGCGAGGCAAAUCGGGCGCUGAAAUCGUUCCAGGCGCAGUGGAGGUCUUUCAACCAGGCCACGUUCCGGCGCGCCCAGGACUUAAAGUGGACAGAAACACCCGUGUAUCAGCUUUUUGAGGCGGUCCGCGUUGGCCAAGUCAGCUCCGAAAACGUUUACCAGACGCUCGAUGAAAUGCUAUUUGCGAAUCUGGAUGUCACUAUGGGAGCCUUGUCGUGGAACGUGGUUUUUCUUGCGGCAAAUAUCGAUGCACAGGAGCGAUUAUUCCAAGAGAUAACGACUAAAGCGGGAGGCAAUGAACAGAUGCUGCAAUAUGUGCAAAGUAGCUCUACAUACCUUGCCUCUUGCAUAAUGGAGUCGUCUCGGCUGAAACCUCUAGCAGCCUUCUCAGUCCCUCAGGCUGCACCGACCGAUAGAGUGAUCGACGGCUAUGUCGUGCCUGCUGGGACCAGUUUCAUUGUCGAUUCCUACGCACUAAACGUCGAGAAUGAGUUCUGGGGUCCGGACCGACGCGAGUACAGACCGGACCGUUUCGAACUUCUAUCUACCUCCGAAAUACGGUACCACAUGUGGCGAUUUGGGUUUGGUCCUCGCCAGUGUUUGGGGAAAUACGUCGCCGAUCUGACCCUCCGACUAUUUCUGGUUCAUCUGGUGCAGAACUGGACACUGCAGCUUCCGGCGAGCGAGGGUGCCAGUUCGGAGAAUUGGAAACGGGAUUUGGAAAGUUGGAUUACCCAUCCCAGAGUGCAAGUCACUUGUAAGCAGCGUCAAUAG